CAAUGCUGCACGGGCAUCGGGCUCAGUUGGUGUUCCGGUUUCGGGUUGUGCUCCGUCGGCACGCAUUCCACAUGCAAUGGAUGCCAGAACUAAUAGCGGAUAUUGGAAUAAACAAAUAUAAAAUCACAUACAUACAAAUUUAUAAGCUAAGCAAUAUUUAAUUCGGUUGAGUGAAAUUCACAAGAAAUAAAUCAAUUUUAAAGUUCUUCAAGCUGCGGAAACAAAUACUAAGCCGCGAAAACUAUUUAAUCGCUGAACUGAAUAAACGCAUAAGCCCACGACUAAAGCAAUUUUGUAAUUAAAAAAAAAAAUGGGAAACCAAACUGAAAAUACUAGUUAUUAAUUAAUGGUGAUGGCUACUCACAAGCAAACUAUUUGAGCCAGUUGUAAAUAUUAAUAACAUAAAAUGCAUACACACACCCGAAAUUCCAAACUCACGUAAUGUCAAGAGAAUUAUAAUAUCCAUACAUAAAUAAUACAAAUAUAAAAUCCAUUUAAAUACAAAGUGUUCUAUUAUAUAGAAAACUAAAUUCGCAAAUGAUGUAUAAGUUCUCGAUAAGCAACUGAAAAACGCACAAGAUUGAUACAAAUUUUUAAUAAUAGUACAUUAAAACAUAAGGACAGUUCAAGCACAGCUCAAUUGGCUGAUGAAUCUAAGUGAAAUUGAAAAAAGUCGAAUAACUCGAUACAUACAUAUACAUACAUAAUCGCAUAUAAAUAAAUAAUAAUCAUUAUUGAAUUUAAAAUAAAUUACAUCAACUUCAUUACUUAUCAAACAAAAAUUCUGGGAGACAAAUUUGAUAAAAAAAGUUUAAAAUAAUAUUAAUACGCAUACAACAAGUCUAAUAAACGAACCAGUAAAGGGAAUAAUAGUUCGACAAGUAAUUAUUCAAUACAAUCAACGCAAUCCUUGAAUGCCAAUUGGAAAAACCUUUGAUUGCAUAACAAAUGGAGAAGAGAUAGAAGCAGCCACUUUUGCAUCCACAAUUAAGGAAGAAGUCAAGUAAAUCAAUAGAAACCAAAUGCUACAAAGCACUGCCAUAUACAACUGCAACGGAUUGCAUUAGGAGAACUAACAAUUGAGUAGCUCAACAUUUAUAGCAAAAACAAUACGAAAUCUAGAAUAAUAUAGCAACUACUAUACAAAAUCGGAGACCACGAACAAAUGAGGGAGAAAAGGCAAAAAGGAACAUCAACAGCGGAAUAAAGUUAUGAAAAUUGGAUGAAUGAAGCAUGAAGCAAGCCCAGAAACGAGAAAAAAGUUGUGGUAUAAACUUUUAUUGUAGGAAAACGCAUAAAAAUAAUAGAAAAACGCUCUUCGGGUUGUAAAGAAAAUAAGAAGACAAAAGAAAGACAUGAAAACGUUGCGAACAAUAAAGCAUAUACUUGCCAUAUUGAUAUAAAGGGAAAUCGUGAAAAGGCGGUGAAAAUUUCGUAAGAUUAGUUGGUAUUAAGGGCAGCCCAGGCACACAGCUAAAAAGGGAACUAAAAAAACCCCGCACAGAACAAUGAAAGCUGCAGCAGCUGGAUAAGGCCGACAAAACCGAAAAUUAUAUUAUUGUAAUCUAGUAGAGAGCAGACAACAUAUCCGCUGGCAACAACCAACACCGAAAGAGACUAUGAAAAAUGCACAACUGAAACUGACUGAAGUUGACGAUGAUGAGCUGUGGCUGGCAGUAAGAUUAGCGCACUGCAGCAGCAACAUCAGCAGCAGUAGCAGCACAAGAACCACCAGCAGCAACAAGAGGCACAACCAGCAACUCACAACACUGCAACCAAGGAGCUUAAGUACAAAACACCACAGCAACAUUGCAAGCGAGCAGCACAAUAGCCAGCAACAGGAGCCAGCAUCGAAGGACGAGGAUGUAGCCAACCACGGUAGAAGCAAUGACCAGCAGACGCAUCUGCAACAGCUAGACAGCAGCAACAUGUUGUCGCCAAAGACAGCCGCAGCAGCAACUGCUGCCGGCGAUGAAGCAACAACCCAACAACCAACAAACAUAAGACUGUGUGCACGCAAGCGACAACGAUUGCGUCGCCGACGAAAAAGAAAACCAGCAACCCCAAACGAAACAGAUAUCAAGAAACAACAGCAACUUAGCAUGCCUCCCUUCAAAACGCGCAAAUCCACGGACACCUACAGCACACCAGCAGCAAUAACCAGCUGUCCGACAGCCACCUACAUGCAAUGUCGAGCCAGCGACAAUGAGUUCAGUAUUCCGAUAUCGAGACAUGAUAGAGUAUCCACGGCCACAUUCGCCUGGGUGUUGCAUGUGCUGCAGGUGCUGCUCGUGUCGCUGCAACAGUGGCAACUUCACGUGCAACAGCGAUCGGUGCUACUGUUCAGAAGGAUCGCAGCGAGCACCAUCGCCUUCAUUUCCUAUUUAGGCAGCUUUGCAGCGCAACUGAGGAGCAGCAGCAGUAGCAGCAGCAACAGCAGCAACAGCGGCAACAGCAGCAGCACGCAAAUAUUAAACGGACUUAAUAAACACUCAUGGAUAUUUUUAUUGAUAUAUUUGAAUUUAUCUGCUAAAGUUUGCCUAGCAGGAUAUCAUGAAAAGAGACUGUUACACGAUCUUUUGGAUCCCUAUAAUACACUAGAACGUCCCGUUCUCAAUGAAUCGGACCCGUUACAAUUAAGCUUUGGUUUAACUUUAAUGCAAAUUAUCGAUGUGGACGAGAAAAAUCAAUUGCUAGUCACUAAUGUGUGGUUAAAACUGGAGUGGAACGACAUGAAUCUCCGCUGGAACACCUCCGACUAUGGCGGAGUUAAGGAUCUGCGAAUACCGCCGCAUCGCAUCUGGAAGCCGGACGUGCUGAUGUACAACAGUGCGGAUGAGGGAUUUGAUGGCACCUACCAGACGAACGUGGUGGUGCGGAACAACGGCUCGUGUCUAUACGUUCCGCCGGGGAUCUUCAAGUCGACGUGCAAGAUCGACAUCACGUGGUUCCCCUUCGAUGACCAGCGGUGCGAGAUGAAGUUCGGCAGUUGGACCUACGACGGAUUCCAGCUGGAUUUACAAUUACAAGAUGAAACUGGCGGUGAUAUCAGCAGUUACGUGCUCAACGGCGAGUGGGAACUACUGGGUGUGCCCGGCAAACGUAACGAAAUCUAUUACAACUGCUGCCCGGAACCCUAUAUAGACAUCACCUUCGCCAUCAUCAUCCGCCGACGAACACUGUACUAUUUCUUCAACCUGAUCAUACCUUGUGUACUGAUUGCCUCCAUGGCCUUGCUCGGAUUCACUCUGCCGCCAGAUUCGGGUGAAAAAUUAUCACUGGGUGUUACCAUCUUGCUCUCGCUGACCGUGUUUCUGAAUAUGGUUGCCGAGACAAUGCCGGCUACUUCCGAUGCGGUGCCAUUGCUGGGUACAUAUUUCAAUUGCAUAAUGUUUAUGGUAGCUUCAUCCGUUGUGUCAACGAUUUUAAUAUUAAAUUAUCAUCAUCGAAAUGCUGAUACGCACGAAAUGUCCGAAUGGAUACGCAUCGUGUUUUUGUGCUGGCUGCCAUGGAUAUUGCGAAUGAGUCGACCAGGACGACCGCUGAUCCUGGAGUUCCCGACCACGCCCUGUUCGGACACAUCCUCCGAGCGGAAGCACCAGAUACUCUCCGACGUUGAGCUGAAAGAGCGCUCGUCGAAAUCGCUGCUGGCCAACGUACUAGACAUCGAUGAUGACUUCCGGCACAAUUGUCGCCCCAUGACGCCCGGCGGAACACUGCCACACAACCCGGCUUUCUAUCGCACGGUUUAUGGACAAGGCGACGAUGGCAGCAUUGGGCCAAUUGGCAGCACCCGAAUGCCGGAUGCGGUCACCCAUCAUACGUGCAUCAAAUCAUCAACUGAAUAUGAAUUAGGUUUAAUCUUAAAGGAAAUUCGCUUUAUAACUGAUCAGCUACGUAAAGAUGACGAGUGCAAUGACAUUGCCAAUGAUUGGAAAUUUGCAGCUAUGGUCGUUGACAGACUGUGCCUUAUCAUAUUCACAAUGUUCACAAUAUUAGCCACAAUAGCUGUACUACUAUCAGCACCACAUAUUAUUGUCUCGUAGCCAUAUGGGCGAGGUGGUUAUUGUUAUUGGUUUUAUUAUAAAAUCAAUUUGUUAAUUAUUAAAUUAAUAACGAAACUCUUUAAGUAAAUUAAAACUAAAAAGACACUAAAAAAGCACAAAAAAAUAGGAAAAUACAUGAUAAAAACCAUCAACUAAAUAAUACAUCCAAGAAAAACCAAAACAAAAAAAACAAAAAAAAAAAAACAAUUAAAAAUCGUCUCUGAAAACACAAUAAUUUAAUUAUAAACUUCUCGUUUAAAAGUCUUUCAUUCAAAUCAAACAGACACUAAACAAAUAAGAGACUAAACCAACAUCAUAUACUAAAACGUUAAAAAUUAACUAAUUCCAAUUUUCCUAAUUCUAUACAAAAAUCUAUAUAAUGGUAAACCAAAGAAAUCCCCUCACUUCCCGCAAGCCCCCACAAGCCAGUAUCUAGAUUUCUUCCAUUGAAUAUAUAUAUAUAUAUAUACAUACUAUACAUGUUUGAACAGCAAGCAAAACGGGUAUAUUUUCUUUUUAGAUAUGUUAUAUUUUAUAGGAUAAGCGAGGCGUUUUCAUACAAAUAGUUACAUGGGUUUUCGAAACUUUUUUUUUUGACAGACUUCAAUGGAAAGUGCAGUUUUUCAAUGCAGAACGAACAAAAGCCUCCCCCAAACCUUUUAGGAAAACUUCAAUUUGUGAGCUUUAUACUCGUAGUAGGAAACGUAGGUGGAAAAUUUGCGACUCGUUUACGAUAUGAAAACCCAACGCAUUGAGAUCUACAAAAGGAAAAACCAAAUUUGUAUCUUCUUCUUCAGCAUUGAAGUCCAGUCCAGAGAUUUGUUCCGAGCAACUUUUUGCUAGCAAUUAGUACCUAGGCCAACUAAGUGAUUACGCCACAUUCCCCCCUCUAAACGAAACUGCAUUUCCGAAACAGAACCAAUUAACCCUACAUAUCCAGUACUGUGUGUCUAGUGCCCCCUCCCUCGUCUUAAUUUAAACUGAAUGUCUAAACCAAUCGAAAAAUAAAUCGAAAACCAAAUCCCUAAGCGUAAAAACCAAACCCCGUAAACCCUACCAAAACCAAUAGAAUAACCAAUCUGAAUUGGAAUUAAGAAAAUUUACUGGAAUAUAAAAGAUAAAAUGAAAAAUCAAAACGAUGCGAAUGAAAAUGGGCGAACAUGUGAGUAAUUGACGAGCGGCACAGCAGAUGAAGAUGAGCCCAGAAUGGCGCUCAGUAAAUGAAAUGCAUCCGACGGAUUGCAUUUCAUGUUGACUGGCGCUGCACAGGAAAUGAAUUUAUAAAUUAAAUGGUUGCGAGCAAUAAUAUCUGCGUGUUGAUGAAUUGCAUGAUUUUUGGUGAUGCAAACGAUGAUCGAUCGAACUAUUGUGCGAGGUCCACGACAAAAGGGCAAGAGUUCGCUCCUUCAGCGCAUUGAGAACAGCGAACCUCUGUAUUGAUCUCACGAUAUUUUCAUUUUCAUUUACAUUUUCGUUUGAACUUUCACUCUUCUGUUUUGAACAAAUACUCAAAGUUGAGGCACCAGAAAGCAAUUCAACACACAAACCGAACUUAACUCGAUAGAAAAUCAGAGGCCAGACAGACCAACAACAAGUAGCGCAUUCGAGAUAUACAUAUGUAUUUACCAAUAACAAUGAACAUCACAGAUCCCAGAACACAUAACAUGCCGGUGCAUGGGUAAUUAUGUGCUUGCUCUGGUAUUGAGCGCACAAAACAUACUGAUACCAGACCACAACAACCAAAACAUAUAAACCAAGGAGCUUUAUACAGAUAUAUGUAUGAUAUAUAUAUGACGGAGUUAGCGUGGGUCCAUCUGACCCGACUUUUCAUAUAUUUGUACCACACACAAAAACCACACAGGACACACAAACGGUUGUUCGAUGGCCAGCUUAUGCCAAUUUGUAUGUUUCUGUCCGCCAACUAGCCAAGCACACAAUUUCAUGAUGACAAGACAAGGAAUACAAGAAACAAAAUCUUAAAAAUUACCAUGGUCUGGCGGAUCUCUCGGGAAGUGCGUAGGAUCAGCUGGGGAAGGUCCUGGCAUACUGCGCAUUUCCUGAUCGAAAGGAUCCCGUGACCGAGCAUAGAAGAAAAAGCAAAGCUGCGUUGGUCGAAAAUUCACACUGACUUUUCUUUCCACACAAAAGCGAAGAAAACGUUCGAAAUGGAAUUAGCUUUUUAAUUUUUAAGUUACAGUUAUUCUGCUUCUAAUUGUAAAUCUUGUGCAAUGUAAACAAUCAGAAUUUUUCUUUGAAUAUAAAACAAUACGAACACACCGAAACCAAGAGCAAACAAACGCGUAUCGGUCACAGUGAAAAUGCAAAAUGAAAACAUAUAAGAUUUCAAAAAUAAAUAAUGGAAAUAUGAUUAGCAACUAAACGAUGUCAUUCAAUUUAGACUAGGCUACACACAAAAACCAUAAAUUGUUAAGACUCUAUCCAAAGAGCUAAGAAACGCGAACUCAAACAAAACAUACUAGAAAUAGAUAUUUACAAGCAACAAUAAGUAUAAUUCGAAUAUCGAACAGAACGAAGAAAUAGUUAAGCAUAUAUGAAUAUCGAGCAAAUUGGUUUUUAUGCGAUUCGGUUAGAGGAAAUUUUCAAACAUCACUUUGUAUGCAGAUUUUGUAUGCCCAACUAUACAGAUUUCUGAUCCGCUCUUUUUUUUUUUUUGCUUGAUUUAACUUUAAAUGAUUGAUCGAAAUUUACAGAUAAGGUUUAGCUUUUGAUAAAAAAAAGAUUGCAAAUGUAAAAUAAUAUGAGAACUUGGUAUAUUUUGAUGAAAGGUGAAAUUAUUUGUACAUUUUGUUGUAUGCCCACGGGAUUAGCUGGAAACGGUUGAUAUUUGUGGGGGACUUUCUUAAUGUUUUUGAUAAACAUGUAUUUUAUUUUAUAUGCUUUUCCAAUGCGAUUGUCAGUGAGAACGAUUAACGAUAGAUUUCAAUCCUAACGCUUAAGAGUAUUAAUGAAAUAAUAAUAGAGAACAUAGCAAACAAGCUGCCAGCAUGAAAAAUAAAAACAAUAACUAAUUUUAAAUCUUUUAUACAUUUCCAUCAAAUGUGCUUAUUUAAACACAAGAGAAUGCAAACCAAAAUGCCCAACUGAAAUAUCUGAUGGCCGUUUUCAAAUAGCAAUCAAUAACUGGAUUAUGUUCAACAUCCAAUUAGCUGAAGUUGAACAAAUGUUUUCAUAUAAGCAAUUUUUAAAGAAAAACGUCACCCCGGUAAAUAAAUACAUAGGAAAUAGUAAGGCAAUCUGGGCUGACUGACUAAUCGUCAAAAUUAGUCGAGGCCAUCGAAUGGAGCAGAAUGACGGAGAUUAAAACUAAUAAAGUUCUAGAGCAUAAUGAGGACAGUUUGGAAAAUAGUUCUUGAUCAACCAUUAAUACACAGUUUAUACAUAUAUGUGUAUAUUUACAUGGAUAUAUAUGUAUGUGCGUACGUAUAUACUUCUUUUUACACAGACAAACCAGUAUAUAUAUAUAUAAAUAUAUAUAGUAUACUAUGUAAUAAAUUAUAAAAGAAAAUAUUUGAAACAAAUGAAACUUUUUCCUACAACUAGUUGCAUUUAAAAGAAUUUUAAAAAAUAUACAUAAAAGGUAUAUAUUUCUUAAAAAACGUAAAAAGCAAAAACCAAACUCCUUUCUCUAUUAAAAAUAAAAAUGAAAAACACACAAAACUUUAAAUUAAUAUUUAAUUAGUCAUUUAAAAAGGGUUUAAUAAAAACCAAAUCAAGCGGGAUGAAAUCGUAACCUAGUAAAUAUUUAAAUUAAAUUAAUUUUAAAAAGUGAAAAGAAACAAAGAACACAGAAAACAAAAGAAAAGCGCUGAUUUUUUAUGUCGUUAUUAGUAUUUAAAUUUAAAUAAUUGCGUAUAAAGAAACAUACAGAAUUAACUAAAGAACACAAGAUAUAUGACAUAAAAAAUUAGAAGAAAAUUUAAAUUGGUCAUUUUGACCUAAAUAGUAAAUUAUAGAAGGAAAAUAAAAUAAAAGUUGAAAGGAAACAAUGACGAAACAGAAGGCAAAACCGAGUAAAGCGAUUGUAAAAUUUUAAUUAUUAUUCAAUAAUAAAAAUUCAAAAAGAAAAGAUUUGACAGAAAUACCAAAAACAAAUUAGGUUUUAUUCCCAAGAAAACUAAAGAUCAAUGGACCAAGGACGAGGACUUUAAGGACAAACUUGAAGCUGCAUCCAGAGGUCGGAAAGGUAAAUUGUGUUUUGCUCUAGAAAAAGCUGCGAGUUAGGCUUAAGGUACUCCAAUCGAAACACCUUCACGCAUAUGUUACAAAAUUGUAAAUAUACUGUAUCGAUGUUCAUAAAAACAAAAUCAUAUUGUCAUAAACUCAUUGCUAAACAACACCAUACACUGUAAAAAUCAAUGCUUAGAUUACGUAGCAAAUUACGCUGUGACAAAUGGACAAGCAAACGUUAUAUACUGAAAACGAAAAACCAAAUCGUUUGGCAUUUAUAUUCAAAGUGGUAAAAUUUCAAAACUAUUUACCAAAAAUAGAGUUUUUGGCGAAUUUUACUAAAGGAAAAUUCUGAUCCCCGCGCAGUUUGUCAACAACCAGCUGAAAUCUAAAUUAAAAUCCAGUUCCUUCUUUACGAUAUUCCCAUAACAGAAACAAUUAUAUAACAAAUAACUAUAUCGAGCUAGUCAAACAACUGAUUUCAAACAAAAAUAAAAAAAAAAACAGCUGGAGGAAUGCUGCGUGUAUGUAUAACCAGUUGAUUUCAUUUUUCCCCUGUGGAAAGUAAAAUUGUAAGAAUUUGCCCCAUUUUUAUCCCAAUAUUUUGGCAUGUUUUCUAUACGACCUUUUUCCAUUUAUUUCCAAUGUCCAAUCAAUAGCCUAAUUUCUAAAUUCGAUCCAAACUAGAUUAAACUUUCAGUCACAUUUACUCCUACUUCUGCACUUUUUGUAUACAUUUGCUUAUGCAUGAUAUUGUUAUAAAAUAAUAUAUUACUUCCGACUAAAACGAUUCCUUUAUGUCUAAUCCAUUCGCAAUUGCUAACUUUCUUGGGAGAUUUUCGAGGAUUCUAAUCUAUCUGGGUCGAGUGAAACAUCAUCAUGCACUAAAGUAUUU